GCGAUCUGGUGCUAACGGAAAAUGGUGAGAUUGAUACAUCCACGGUGAUACCACUUAUUGAUGGAGGAACGGAGGGAUUCAAAGGUAACGCAAGAGUAAUCUAUCCAAGAAUGUCUGCUUGCAUUGAUUGCACCCUGGACCUGUUCCCACCUCAGGUGAAUUAUCCAUUAUGUACGAUUGCUCAUACGCCAAGGCUUCCGGAACAUUGUGUAGAGUACGUAAAAGUUAUCCAGUGGACAGAAGAGGGACCUUUCAAUGGAGCUUCCUUAGACGCCGAUGAUCCGGAACAUGUCGAUUGGGUCUUGCAAAAAGCGAGCGAGCGUGCCCAAAGUUUC